UCCUCGGUAGGUGUGUGGCUGCCAUCUUGUGUGUGGCUACAGCGGGCCUUCUCCGCCUCUGGAAGUGUGUGUGGAGCUACUAGUUCUGGAAGGAGAGUCCUGAGAGUGACGGGAGCGUUGGGAGUAACGGGGAGACUUUCCUAGCAGGGGCCUCUUCUCGGCUGGAGUCUCCUCCCUGGCUUUGGGGGGCAGGCGUGGUGGUGGUGGUAGCCCCGGCUUGGCUUUGCUGGUCGUUAGAGGUCUGGCGCGGGCUUUCAUGUCUUAACCUUGAUCACUUGGUUUCUGAGAGUUUCUCAACAGUGCUAGUGGCGCAGAGAUUCCCACCGUUGACCCCUCUCAUGAUUAAAGGAGGCAGGCUGCAGGAUUCAGAAAGGAAAAGCCAGUCGUGGAAGGGAGAGGGGGAUGUCUCAACAACUGGCCUCCGGGUCGAUAGAGAACCUUUUGUCAAUUGCCAGGGACCGACUGCUGAACUCUUGCCCUUCUCGAGAGUUCUUGGGAGUGGCCCUUUAGAAUAAGGUCAUCCUUUGGCAUAAAUGGACAUCAGGUUGUGUGAGAGUCGUUUUUAUUCAUAAAAUGAGCAGCCAGCAUUCCUUCAGUGACUUAAAAAAAAAAUAGAGAACAACAAAACCCUAAAAAGAGUUGGUUCGCAGUAACGGGAAGUAAGCUAGUAUUUUGUUGUGGAACAGUAUCUUGUAUAAUCCAGAGUCACUUCAAACUAGGUAUGUAGCUCAGGCUGACCCUAACGGGAUCCUUCUGCCACCGGCUCAAGUUGUGGUUUUAUCAGAGCGCCAUACCCUUGCCCUUGUUUCACAGUGCUGAAAAAAAAUUUUUUUUUGUAAAUUUCUCUUUACAUAUUUUUAACAUUAAAAAAAACUUUGCAAAUAAAUAAAAAACAUCACACUAAAAUUAACCAACCCCCAAAACAAUGCAACUCAAUGAAGACAUCUAUGCAAUUAAAAUUAAGACAUUCAAAAAGGAAGUUGUGAAGCUUCACAUUUCACGCAUGUCGAAUAUGUUCAAUGCACUCAGCCAAAACCAAACAAACAAAAAAGCCAUGACAACUUUGUAAAUGUCUAAGUCUGUCAUGCUAUCCUAGCUUCCUUUUCAUGGAGCAGGAAAUCACUUAAGGAGUUUGCUACGAGACUGAAGAGCAAGACACUGCGCUCUGCGCUUUCCUCUUUCCAGUUUUCUCUUGAAAGAAGUUAAGUAGAAAAGGAAGUAGAAAGCAUGUAGUGUUUUUCAUUCGAAAGAAACUGCCAGAUCUGAAAGUCUAGCCUGUUAGAGACAAAUAUUUUGUGAUUAUCUUUUAACAAUUUUGGUAAACAUGAGAACCUGAGAGUUAACCUUAGUAUCUUCACUUUAGUUUCUUUCAAGGUUGAAUAACUUCAGUUGUUCGAGGUUAACUGGAGAAUCCACUGAGUCGACAGUAAAGGAGGGGGAUAUUGUGACAGAAAGAACCAAACACAAACAUCACACACACAAAAACUUGACUCUUCUUUACUUUUUAAAGCCGCAACCCAUACUCAAAAAGGGUGGCUAGUCAUACUUUAGUAUGAAUUGGUGAUCACAGUAUGUAUUAAUAUUGCUGGUCCGUAAACCCACUAACUUAACUUUUCCUGAUUUCAAAAGAAUUAAACAGUUUGGUAAAGGAAAAUUUGUUUAUCUCUAGAUUAGCUGAGGGCAGUGGUGGGAGAAACGUCUAAAUUCCUCCUUACUAUGCCAGUGGUCUUCUUAAUUUGCAGAAAGGUUUGAGACAAAAGCUAAUUUGAAAAUUGAGGUAUGAGGCAGGUCUUUAAAAUGUUAAGAUUUCGUUGAUUAGAUGACUCACAAAAAGCCUUGGUCAUUUUGACCUUUAGACGUGUAAGUCUUUAUGUUUAGCUGUACUGUUUAUCCUCAUAGUGAAUUAUAUUGAUUGAAACCAGACAGUAGAUGGUAAAUGUACCAAGUUAAAAUACAGUAUACGGAUAUUUGUGGAAAUUCAAAUUGUUUCCCACAUGGCAUUUUAUUUAAUCAAUUCUUAUGAAGGUAUCUCUAGCCCUUUAAAAAUAAUUUUAAAGGCCAAGAGUAUGUCUCAUUGAUAGAACAUGUAAGAGAAUCCUGGGUUCAAUACUCAGUACCCAAAUAAAUAAUUAAAAUGUCAUAAGAAUUCCCAUAAGCCGGUGUGAUUUACAUGGUUGGAUAUUUGGAGAUUGUUUAGGUUUUUUAAAAAAAGUUUUAGAAGCAUAUAUUUGAUCUACUCUGCCUCCCCUCACAGUGCUUAGGUUCAAGGUCAGGGCCCGGAACAUUGCUAGACAAGCACUUGGUCUCUCUCUUCCUCAUCCUAGCUCUAUUUGCCCUGUAUCCCUCUAGAUCCUAGGGAUUAACUAUAGGAUUUCCUGGGAAAUCUUUGACAUCCUGUUGCUUUGUUUACUUUUGUUAAAGGAUAUAAGGAUCCUUUCCUGGCCAGCUUUUAACUUCAGUAUUCACAAUCUCAUUUGUUCCUAUUGCUUAAAUUAGCAUUUUAAUGCAAGUGAGACCUAUAUGCCACAUUUUUGCUUGAGCACUAAAGACAUGUUUCUGAUAGUCUUUGGUGGUUUUUUUGUUUGUUUUAAUUUAUUUACUUUUAUCUUAUGUGCAUUGGUGUUUUGCCCGCAUGUAUAUGUGAGGGUGUCAGAUAAUGGAGUUACAGACAGUUGUGAGCUGCCAUGUGGGUGCUAGGAAUUGAACCCCGGUCCUCUGGAAGCCCUAAGCCAUCUCUCCAGCCUCUCAUUUCUGAUAGUUUUAACAGUUCUAAAUAUAUGUAUACAUCUCUCAUGUUUCCUUUAUUAUCUUGAUUACUGAUGUGGGUAUCUUCUGUGUGACUCAGAUUUUCCUUUUGUCCAAUUUAAUAACCUGUCCAUAGCUGCAAUUCCUGUAAUGGCUUUUUACUUUUGUCUUUCUGUUCUCUUCACUCUAAAUUUAACUCCUCCCCUCACACCCUGCUUUGGUGUUGACAACGCAGGGAGCCUGGGGCAGGAAACUCCAAUGCUGAGACUUUUCUCAGUGAACCAAUUAUAUGUCAUGGUAUUCACGACAAAUCUUACAUUCCUUAGUUAGACUUUUUUCAAAUUAAGGUAGAGUUUGACCAUGAUAAAAUUACUAAAGUGAAGGUGGCUUUUAAGAAUAAACGAUCCAUUGGGGCUGGGGAUUUAGCUCAGUGGUAGAGCGCUUACCUAGGAAGCGCAAGGCCCUGGGUUCAGUCCCCAGCUCCGAAAAAAAAGAACCAAAAAAAAAAAAAAAGAAUAAACGAUCCAUUUCUAAUGUAAAAGAAGAGCUAUCCAUGUUGCAGAUAGAUGUCAGAGACCCAUAUUCCUACCCUUCUGCCACUCUCACCAUGUAGCUCUGCUUAGGAACCAGUUAGCCACAUUGUGCCAUGUUAUUUAUAAAUGCCGAAUGAGGGGUUGGGGAUUUAGCUCAGUGGUAGAGCACUUGCCUAGCAAGCGCAAGGCCCUGGGUUCGGUCCCCAGCUCCGGAAAAAAAAGAAAAAAAAAUAAAUGCCGAAUGCCUAAAUGGAAAGAUAACGUUUAUUUUGCUAGAGGAAAAAUAUUGGCAAGUGGUAAUAGCUGAAUUUUAUGCCUCAAUUUAUUUCAAGUGAUUUUUAUAUGGUCACACCAAAUCAUGUAAUAUUGCCGCUACUUUUGUCACUAUUCAUGGUGAUUCUGUGAGUCUCCUGAGUGGAGAUAGACUGAGGUAGAUGGGUAGAUUUUAUCCUUUUCAAAUAUGAUGUGUGUAGCCUUUUAUUUAUCUGUGGACACAGAGCUUGGUAUUCUGUGCUGCAGCAGAGGUUCCCACUACUGACAAGUCCGUUCUUUUGAAAGUAACUGGUGCUGAUACUCAAUCCAGGUCUGGCUGCUCUCCAGUGAUUCAGGGCAGGAAAACGAUUUGGAAAGAUAGCCAUCAAAGAAGAUGGGAAACUUCCACCAGCCAAGACCAUUUAGUGAAGAAUUUGAGUGCAGAGAGCUUUUUUAGAGAGGGUAAACAUCCACCGUGAAGAAGAAAGAACGUCAGGAGCUAAGGUUUAGUUUAAACCUGUAGUUGCUGUUUGGAAAAUGAAGAUGCAGACCGCAGAUUGGUGGCUUAUAUGUUCUUCAUGCAAGGGCAGCAUGCUAAAGGAGAGAAGUAACUGCGCUGACCAGUGACUGAAAGCUGCGAGCAUUGGGACAGAUUGGCUGAAGACAAGGAAUUUCUAAGCAUUCCAUAUUGGAAGAAGAGAUUUUUAUAGAUGAAAAAAAUGCCUUUGUUUAGCAAAUCACACAAAAAUCCAGCAGAAAUUGUCAAAAUUCUGAAAGACAACCUGGCCAUUUUGGAAAAGCAGGACAAAAAGACAGACAAGGCUUCAGAAGAAGUGUCAAAGUCUCUGCAAGCGAUGAAGGAGCUCCUGUGUGGAGCACAGGACAAGGAGCCCCCCACAGAAGCAGUGGCUCAGCUGGCACAGGAGCUCUAUAGCAGCGGGCUGUUGGUGACACUCAUAGCUGAUCUGCAGCUCAUAGACUUUGAGGGAAAAAAAGAUGUGACCCAGAUAUUCAACAACAUCCUGAGAAGACAGAUUGGUACACGGUGUCCUACGGUGGAAUAUAUCUGUUCUCAUCCUCACAUCCUGUUUAUGCUUCUCAAAGGCUAUGAAGCCCCACAGAUUGCCUUACGCUGUGGGAUUAUGCUAAGAGAGUGCAUUCGCCAUGAGCCACUUGCCAAAGUCAUCCUCUUUUCUAAUCAGUUCAGAGAUUUCUUCAAGUAUGUGGAGCUGUCCACAUUUGAUAUCGCUUCAGAUGCCUUCGCUACUUUUAAGGAUUUAUUAACCAGACAUAAAGUGUUGGUAGCAGACUUCUUAGAACAAAAUUAUGAUACUAUUUUUGAAGACUAUGAGAAGCUGCUGCAAUCUGAGAACUAUGUGACAAAGAGACAAUCUUUAAAGUUGCUGGGUGAGCUGAUCCUGGACCGCCACAACUUCACCAUUAUGACCAAAUAUAUUAGCAAGCCAGAGAACCUGAAACUCAUGAUGAACCUGCUUCGGGACAAAAGUCCAAACAUCCAGUUCGAAGCCUUCCAUGUCUUUAAGGUGUUUGUGGCCAGCCCCCAUAAAACGCAGCCUAUUGUGGAGAUCCUGUUAAAGAAUCAGCCCAAACUCAUUGAGUUUCUGAGCAGCUUCCAGAAAGAAAGGACAGAUGAUGAGCAGUUCGCUGAUGAGAAGAACUACCUGAUUAAACAGAUUCGAGACUUGAAGAAAGCGGCCCCAUGAAGACGGUCCUGCCCUGACAGCCAUUUGUCUCCCUGGCCCUUGUGUACAGUGUUGUUUCAAAGUCUCUGUUCUUGGGAAGGCUUUGAAAACCCUGACCUUCUCAACUGAUUGUUCAAGGUCGAUGAAAUACAAACAUUUGAGUGGAAAAAAUCAAUCUAGAAUAAUACAUUCAUUUUAAUCAA